CUCCUUCCGACCUGCCCAAGGCUCCGCCCACCCUAAUGUAGGCGAAGGGUCAGCGGAGCCUGUAGUGUAGCUGGGGCAGCGGAGCAAGACCUAGGCCGCCCGGAGCUGCCAGGCAGACUGACAGAAGACUGACCAUGGCAGACCAGCCGAAGCCCAUCAGUCCGCUUAAGAACCUCCUGGCCGGCGGCUUUGGCGGCGUGUGCCUGGUGUUUGUGGGGCACCCCCUGGACACGGUCAAGGUCCGCCUACAGACACAACCACCAAGUUUGCCUGGACAGCCACCAAUGUACUCUGGGACCAUCGACUGUUUCCGGAAGACUCUUAUUAGAGAGGGUAUCACAGGGCUGUAUCGGGGCAUGGCUGCACCCAUCAUUGGAGUCACCCCUAUGUUUGCUGUGUGCUUCUUUGGGUUUGGUUUGGGGAAGAAACUACAGCAGAAAUCUCCAGAGGAUAUACUGAACUACCCACAGCUGUUUGCAGCUGGGAUGUUAUCUGGUGUGUUCACCACAGGAAUCAUGACCCCUGGAGAACGGAUCAAAUGUUUACUGCAGAUUCAGGCAUCUUCAGGGGAAACCAAGUACAGUGGUACCUUGGACUGUGCGAAGAAGCUCUAUCAGGAGUUUGGGAUCCGUGGCUUCUACAAAGGGACUGUGCUCACCCUCAUGCGAGAUGUUCCAGCCAGUGGGAUGUAUUUCAUGACAUAUGAAUGGCUUAAAAAUCUCUUCACUCCAGAGGGAAAGAGUGUUAGUGACCUCAGUGUACCUCGGAUCCUGGUGGCUGGAGGCUUUGCUGGCAUCUUCAACUGGGCUGUGGCAAUUCCCCCAGAUGUGCUCAAAUCUCGAUUCCAGACUGCCCCUCCUGGAAAAUAUCCCAAUGGUUUCAGAGACGUGCUGAGAGAGCUGAUCCGGGAUGAAGGAGUCGCAUCCUUGUACAAAGGAUUCAACGCAGUAAUGAUAAGAGCCUUCCCAGCCAAUGCAGCCUGUUUCCUUGGCUUUGAAAUCGCCAUGAAGAUCCUUAAUUGGAUUGCCCCCAGCUUGUGAGGCUGAGCACCGUUGAAGACUUCUGGAUGCUGGACAGCUGUUGCUGAGAAGCAGUGGGCAGGACUAGGUAGUCCUGAAGGGUGAGGGGAGGGAAAUGGUGGAAUCAGAGCUCUGGGCAUGGCUAUGAUGGUGAAAUUGUUGCCUUAAAGACAUCCUCUACCUUGUAAAACUUGGUGUGCCAUUUUGAAACUUGAAUUUAGAAGAUUUCCAAAGAAUUGGAGGUGGAAUAACUAGUCUAUAGACUUAACUACCUUUGGCCAAAUUGCCACCUACUGGUUGACUGAUGGCCCCACUACACUCAAAAUAUUCCUCACUGUAGAGUUGAUGGCUAACUCUGGAGGCCCCUUGCCUGUUAUCAAUCAGCUAAAUCAGAAGCUGGGAUCUUCAGGCGCUAGCCAGGAAAACCCGUCAGAUUUCUGUGGUGCCAUUUAUACUCCUGGGCUGCACAUAGAGAUGUGGAAUAAAGCCCACGUCUGUCUCCCAGAUGGCCUAGGUGGAUAUACCUAAGAGCAGACCACCUAUUAACUGCUGUUUGAUAUUUUUACACAAGAAA